GUUCGUGUCUGCAUGUGCAUGUUCCGUUUGGUUCAUCGAUUGUCGUUGGAGCAUGUCUGGUACUGUAUCCGUAGGUUGAUCUCGGUGACCAAUUUAAUGUCUUUUGCCCCCAUGCCCGUAUCUUCAUCUUGACUCUCAAACGAGACUGGAACUUGACUGUCUUUGGGACUCCCAUAUACCCUUUUCCUCAAAAAUUUCAGGAUAGCCACAGUGGUUGUAUCUCUCCCUUUAUUUAUCCUUCCCUUGAGUGCUCUCUUGAUUUAAACUUUGACCGUCGUGUUCGAUUGGCCAUCAUUCGCGAAGAGCAACUAAGUAUCAUCACUGCCUUUUGAGGACGAGUUCAGACUCCACGAUUCCAGGAUGCCUCGACCGGGCCUUCCUCUCACACCGGGUUCUUCAUCUGAUAUCAAGGGCAAGGACGGAACUCAACAGCUUUCCUCAUUUCAGCUGUCUUUUGAAUUGCCGCCUCCAGCAAUUCAUGAUGCUUCCCGCAUAUCGCCGACCAUGUCAUCUCAGGUCUCACCAACAGAUACAAAAUCGCACCGACUCACCACAACGUCCCCAGGAGCAACAUACCCAAUGCAGCCUGCCGAGACAGUGAAGGCACGCCGCCGUUCUUCUGCUGCGAAAGACCAAAAGGACAAUUCGUUUGCCCUGCCGCCUCCACCAACGAGAUCACGCAAAAUCAUCCAGAUGAAGCCCCGGCAGGAUGGUAAUGGUGACAACGGUGGCAGCAAAGAUAAAGCGAAGACGACCAGCAAGAACUCUGCAUCAGCAAAAACGGCCACAGCAGCCAUUUCUAAGUCAACAACGUCAGGAUCAGGAGAUGCGGCCGCGGACGACAAGGCGAAGAAGAAGCAACCGAGUGCUACAAGCGCAGCAGGUCGAAAAAUUGCCAGAAAGACCGCACACAGUUUGAUCGAGCGUCGAAGGCGGAGUAAGAUGAAUGAGGAGUUUGCCGUGCUUAAAGGAAUGAUCCCGGCUUGUACAGGAGAUAUGCAUAAGUUGUCGAUCCUCCAGGCCUCGAUCGAAUAUAUUCGAUACCUGGAGGAUUGCGUCUCCAAGCUGAAAGCACAACAGGAGGAAGAUAAUGGUCAGACCGAGUCCGGGCGGCAAACACCCACGGGACGCGACCGUUUGCCGUCUAUUCGUGAAUUUCACCCGACUUUUCAAGAAGACCCAGUCGGCGAUGAGGAUGUCGAGAUGGAGGACUCCGAUGUUACGUCGCCUGCCAUGACUGCAAUGUCAGAUCGUAACCCUCGCCACCCAUCAGUGUCUCCUGCUCUCCCACCUCAGGAUUCUCGCAACAGGGCGCAAUCAUAUUCGUCUGUUUCAACCGAUCAUCGACGUUAUAGUUACAGCGUUUCUGCUGGCACAUCUCCAGCAUUCGGCCCACAGAUAUAUGGGGCGCCACAUUAUGCCCGCAGCGAUGCCUCAGCACCUGGUUCAGCGUUGACAAGCCCGGCUCUCAAUCCCCAGAGCGAACUUGAUCAAGAGGCCAUGGCUGCAUUGCUGAUGCUCAACAACGAUCGUCGUGACUCAAAAGGCCGAGGGCUUUCAGUGCGCGAUCUCCUAAGCACAUAAGAGUCAUGGUACACAGCCGACUAAUGGGCAUGUUCAAGCUGGGUUGAGACUGUAUCUGCCACAAAAACCUUGCCUUGCCUUGGCAUCGACGCAAAGCAUCUGGAAGGACUUCGAGAGAUUUAAUAUUGCCCUUGAAGGUCAAAGAGGGCAGACCAUAUUUGCUUCAACUGCGUUUUUAUAGGAACCAUAGAUCUGGUCAAAAGUCGAAGGAAAAUAAAGAGCUGUAUCUAUUGGGUUUGUUUUGGACGUCGGAUGAUGAGAAAGCGGAACACGAGAUCAUGGUGGGAAACCUGGACCGGUUCACUCUUUGCAAGGAGUUGGAAAGAAUGAUGUGGGGGUCGUUUUUAUGUUCAUGCCCUCUUGCCGGACCGUUUUGGACGAUUCGCAUUAUUCAAGAAUCACUUCUCAAUACAGGAAACUCUGCAACAAAGAAGUAUUAUGAUAAUUAUAUAUUCCAUAUCACUCAGGGAUGUGGAUAAUAUGAACUAUGUAAUUAAUUCUAUGAAAUGUGUAUCUUGACACUGAUAUUAGUCUGUCUCUUACUAAAGUUUGAGUCUUUGGCUUCCAGCCAUAUCGUCCCGAG